AUGGACCUGCUCAACCAGCUGGAGACCAAAGCCCUGAGUGCCUCGCUUGGAGUUUUCCACCACUGCCAAAUCACAGUUGGAGACAUUGGAACACUCUUUAAGAUUCGUAUUGUUCAUACGAACUCCAGAGUCUCCCCUUCCUGGCACUGUAAAGAGAUUGACACCUUCUCCCUAGAAGCCAUGACCCUUGAGAAUUUGUACAGGAUUGUCGUAGGCCAUGAUGGGCUUGGACCAGGAAGCAGCUGGUUUCUGGAUGAUGUUGUGAUCAAGGAUCCCACAAUGAGCCACGAAUAUGCCUUUUUCUGCCACAGAUGGCUGGAUCAAGGGGAGAAUGAUGGUAAAAUUGUCAGAGAACUGUAUGCCAGGGAUAACAGUAUCAUCUCUGCAAGGCAGAAGCUGGAAGUUAAGAGAAAAGAAACAUGGGCUGUGGAAAGCUGGAAGUUUAUGAAAGGAAAUACUCUUCAGCUCUGUCUGUAUCCAGAUGGCACAGCUGAUGCAGUUGGAGAGAAGACAGGCAAAUAUGGUCUCUUUGAUGUUAUUUUCAACAAAGGAAAUGUAUGCAUUUUCCAAAGUCAUGAAAUGAGGCAUCUUUCUCUGGCUCUUGACAACGGCUCUGUCGCUGGAAUGGCUGAGGCCCUUCCUCGGAGGCCUCGUGAGGGGGCACCCGUGCGUGAAACAGGAGCUGAACGGAGAAAACCCUUGUCUCAAAGGGCAGACCGGGAAGGACAGGUCUGCGUGAGUCACAAGCCUGCCUUUAACAGCGAGCUCAGUCCGCCGCCCCUCCUGCGAGUACAGCUGAGAGGCAGAACAACGAGCAGAGGAGCCCGGGGGCUUUCAGCACAGGGGGGUAGCGCUGAUGCCCGUGUUAUCUAUCGGGACCCGGUUCCUCCUGCUGGGGUCCAGCCCGCACCCCACAACACCAGGAGUGGGCCCCGGCCCCCCGGGCUCUCGCAGGCCAGAGCAGUCCGAGCACUAGGACAAAGUGGCGGAUCAGACCGCAGCUCCUGA